AUGAGACAAUCAAUUAUUAGACAAACAUCUGGUUUUCCUACAGGUGGGAAUAUUUUCAUAAAACCUUUUUAUCAUCUUGGUUGUCUCUAUAGAGUAGAUCAUCCUGAUAUAAUAAAAGAUCACAUAUAUGCUCUUAAAGUAUUUGAACAGGGCUCUCAAUUAAACUGUAAAGAUUCAUCAUAUGCAGCAGCUCAAUAUUAUGAAGAUGGAAUCUAUGUUAAAAAGGAUAGUGUUAAAUCAUUUUGUUUAUUUAAGAGAGCAGCUAGUUUAGGACAUCCAGAUGCAAUGGUCAAGAUAAGUCUCAUACUACUUAGAGCAGCAUUCUUUAUGGGGGACAGAAGUCAAUAUAGAAAAAAACAUGUAGAGAUUGGAUUUAAGAUGCUUGAAAAAUCUGCAAUACAAGGAUGUUUACCUGGAAUUAUUUAUACAGCCAAAUGUUUAAGUCUUGGAAUAGGAACAAACCAAGAUUUACUACAAGCGCUAUGGUGGUACAGAAUAGCAGCUAAAUUAGGUGACAUAGAUUCAGAUAGAAUGGCAAGAAAGUUAAAAAAAGCUAUCAAAAAACAAACUAAACUUGAUCGAUAUUUAUUAAAGUUCGAUUUAUAA